GCCCCGCAGCAUGGCCGUGGCGGGGGAGCUGCCGCCGCCCGCCGCCGUGCUGCCGUCCUUCGCCGCGGCCUGCGCGCUGGUGUGCCGGCGCUACUCGUGCCUGGUCGUGGCGCCGCACCGCCGGCACGUCGCGCUGCCGCCGCGCUUCUUGGGCCGCAAGCGCACGGGUAUCUGCGCCCAGCUGGAUGCUGAGCUGCUGCGCUACUCGGAGAGCUUGCAGGGCGUCCCGGUGGCCUACGACAACGUCAAGGUGGUGGGAGAGCUCGGGAACAUCCACGACGACCAGGGCUUCAUUCACCUGGACGUGGAGGCGGACUUCGUCAUCUUCAGUCCUAAGAAAGGGAAGAAGAUGGUGGGUGUAAUUAACAAAGUGGCCCCCAGUCAUAUUGGCUGUCUGAUACAUGGAUGCUUCAAUGCUUCUAUCCCUAAGCCUGAGCACAUGUCAGCUGCAGAGUGGCAACAGUUGGGGUUUAAAAUAGGAGAUGAACUGAAAUUUCAAGUGGUGCACUUAGAUUCUGAUGCAGCAGGAGUGUUCUUCAUUCGAGGACAAUUGACUAAAACCAGUAUGCAGCCCAAGCGGUCUGAUCCUGUUACUGAUGCAGUGACUGAUGGCACAAAUGGAGAGCAAAUUCAAAACUUUGAUAAUGAGAAAAAUGACUUAAAUGACUCCAGGGGAGAUAAUGUCACAGAAGAUCCUCCAGGUGAGGCAGAUAACACAGUGGGGGGAAAUACAGAAGAGCAAAGUAUUGAUGCUGAGAAUGAAAUAUGUGAUGAUAAGAAGAAGAAGAAGAAAAAGAAAAAGCAUAAGCAGGAAGAACAGGAACAUGUAUUACCUGCCAGUGACUCUAGUGGUUACCAGAGUGAUCUUAAAAAGUCAAAGAAAAAGAAAAGAAAGCAUUGUGAAAUUGAAGAAAAUGAAUUGCUGGAGCUGUCGCAAGAACCUAAAGCAAAAAAGAAAAGGGACUGAAGUCUGAGUUGCCUUUCUUACUGAUGAUUUCAGACUUUUUUUUAAUAAACUUCCAAUAAAACCCUAUUUUCAAAAUACACGUGUAUAUUUUUUGCUAAACAGUGCCAACUGUUAGGUGGGAUUAUGGUUGUGUGCUGUGUACACCGAUAGUUUGUAAAGCGUUGCAAGAAAAAGUAGUGGCUAUACAUGCAUUUCUUUGACCAGAAAGUGCCGCAAGGAACAAGUGGCAAAGAGCCUUGGAGUGUAAUGCCAGGAUCACUUGUAUCACUUCUUUUGUCUGCUUCCCAGUUCUUUCCAGUAAGAGGCAGCUAGCUAUGAUCUUUGCUAAUCUAAUUCCACCACUGCUUGAUUUGUUUCAGAGGAAUCUUACUGCUGGAGUUCUGGGAGACAUUCCUGAAUUCCCAGGGCCUGAGUAAAGGUGGUUUUUUUUGGUUUUUUUUUGUUUGUUUGUUUGUUUUGUUUUUUUUUUAAAUUGGUGGAGGACAGGGGAGUAGUAAUGGGCCAUGAAUACCUUUUGAAUGAAAAUGUGCAGCCUAUCUGUCUGAAAGGUUAAAAAAAACCCCAAACUGCCAUUGUCCUGGUUCUUUCAGAACAAAGCUUUUGCAGUACUCUGUUUUUUGGGGAGGGAAGGGGGAGGGAAAAAAAAGAUGCAAAGAAGACCAACAGUUGGAUAACUUAAUUAAGAGUGAGCAGGGAAUAGAGAGAAUGGUUGCAAUUUACUGUAGUGAAAUAGCAUGUGCCCACUGGUUAGAAUCUAAUACCAAUAUAUGGACUGAUUAAAACUGUUGCCUAUGCAACAUGAGAAAGUUAUGAGAAAGCUCAUUAUACAUUAAACUUGCUACAGUUUUCAUUUUAAAAAAACAAACAAACAAAAAACUAAAAGACAGCUUUUACCUUUUGUACCUGCUGUAACUUUAAAAUGCUGAUCUCUAUAUCAGUAGGGGCAUGUUAUCAGUAUUUCCCAGACUGUUUAAUAAAGCAAUGACAAUUGAAAAAUGACAGUCAAGUGCUAAUUAAUGUGUUUUUAUUAAGAACUAUUCCUGGUGUAGAUGCAUUAUAAUUUUUGGGGUAUUGAUACUUUUUGUUGCAGCUCUUUUCUCCUGUGAGGAGUUUUGGAGAGGGCUGUAAUGUGACAUGCUAGUUUUUUUUUAACUGAGGUAGGAAGUAAUGAUUACUUUGGUACUACUGCCUGUUAAAAGACAUCACCGUCUCUUCAGAAACCAUGUCAGUAAUCAGCACAUCUGUGAGAACUUGCUGUUCAUCUGCAUGAUCUAGUUGUUCUCAGAGUAAAUACUGUUGUGGUGGUUAUGCUGAUGCUAUUAGCUGAUUUUUAUAGACUUACAUACAAUGGCAUAACCAAAUAUGCACAGAAUGUGUUAUACAUUUAAAGGACUUUUUACAUUUAAAACACUUUUUAAAAAACAAAACAAACAAAAAAAAAACAACCUUAAAAUUUCUAGACUAUCAAGGCAAAGACCUAAAUUUCUAUUUUAAAGAUUUGACUGCAUGACAGCCCAUCAUAGGCAUUUUAAAAUUAAUAUGAAUAAUCGAGUUAAGAGUUUUUUAUGACAAGAUGACCUUGUAUAGAUUUUUAAGGAGAGCAGAAACUUCAGUAUAUUCUGUUUUGUUUUCUCGCUUGAUCUUCAGUGUGCUUGAUGAUCUUGAAGCCACUUUCGGACAUGUAAGAUAGUCACAAAAUAUACACAAAUUUUCCUUGUGUUUUUACAUAUGACAAUGUGGACAUUUGAACUACAUGAACUUUCACUGAUGCUAUCUCCUUGGUUUGUCCAUUCUUCCUCUCUGUGACAAAAUUAAAUGUAUUUCUUACAGAGUACUGCAGGGUUAACGGGGCAAUAUUCUGGUGUCUUAAGUGUUGCUAAGGAAAGCAAGAAAAAAUCUGACUGAAGUUUAACUGUACAGGAAAGAUCACAGGAUGGGACAUAAUUUACAGUUAGAAAUGUUCUGAUGUCCCCUUUUUUAAUGGAGAUUAAUGUAGAAGGAAGAAGUUAGAUAAAUAGGUGUAGAGUCUAUAUCAGGAAGGAAGGUGGCAAGUGAGGAAUAUUUGCUGAUGCCUCUGGGAAGGGAAAGUUGGAAACAGUUACUGCUGCAAAUGCGCCAAAGUUAGUCUUUAAUAAUCAUUACAGCUCACUUUCUAUUUUAGAGAAGGGAAACAUUUCCAGUGGACAAGCUGUUGGUGGAUGAGGCGUGAAUCAAGCCCUGCCAGUUCGUAGAAGCAUCUUGUAGCACAGUGAUUGCCUUGCUUUGUUUCAGCUUUUCAUCAGCACAAACAGAUAGAGCUGUAGCAGUCAUUGCAACUAACAAAACAAGUUACAAGAUACAAUAUAAAUGCUUUCAGCACUUAGAAUUGUCCACUACUGCUGUCUUACUAUUAAGAAAACUGCAUACUGUUGUUUAACAAACUAUGCAAAGUGAUUUUUUUUUUUUUUUUUUUUUGAGUGUAUUGAGCGGCUUUUCUGAAAGUCUAAUAUAAUCUGUCCUAUAAUUAAUUUGGGGCCUUAUUUAAAAUCAGUCUUUUAAAAUUAUUUAUUAUUGUUAUUUUAUUGUUUGUCAAGUAAGUGUAGGCUGCUUUCUCUUGUAUCAGGUUUUGCUUUUCUUUCUUGGCUUAUUGUAGAAGAGGGCAAUUACAAAUGAAUUAAGUGCAAGAGCUGGCAAUUCACAAUUACUGAAAAAGUUGCUCUGGUAUUGCAAACCAUAACAGUCACAUGAAUUUGUUAUGUUAGUAUUGCAAAUAGUAACUGUGCAAUAAAAUAAAUUUGAAGAUUCCUUUUCAUGACACUUACAUAAAGCAAUGGGCUUCUUUUGUCUUUGGAAAGGAAAAAGUGAAGCAAAAAAAAAAAAAAAAAAGAACUUGAAAAAGAAAAGAAAGCAUAACAAAAGCUUUUCCCUGUUGGAGCCAGUAUUGGCAGCCUUGCAGUUGUGCUGUUGAUGUUGCUGUGGACACUGUUUCAGUUUAGCUAAAUAUGGCAAGAAAAGAAUUUUCAGAAGUGAAUUGUCACUCUUUUCAUGACUUUGAAUAAGCUUUUUUUUCCCCCCCUUAGAAAGGCAAGAUUUUCCAAUAUUUGAAAUUAAGAAGGCAAAUUUAAGACACUUUCCAUUAAAAUCUGAUCGUUAUAAAUGUUCAUCUUUCUGUGUUCCCCUGGAUGGUGAGUGAAAAGAUAUACUGAAUUUUGAGUUCAGACAAAAUUCUGGUUAUAGAGAGCAAUCAUUUGCAAAGCUUCCAUUGAAGGCAGGUGACUUUGUAUUUGUUUGUACAGUCUUCAUUUUUUAUUUUUUUCCCAGAGUGCAUUCUCAUAUAAUACAUUCUGACACAUAUCAAAGAGAAAAUUAGAAGGCAAAUCUAUAUUUUGUUCUAUAACUAUAUAUAUUUGCAGUUACAUUGUCUCCAGAACACCUGAAAUAUUGGUGUUUGUGUUGCUUUUUUUCCAUGUUUUAAUUGCAAGUUGGCAAACAAACCAGUGUUCACUUCUUUCUGUGGCUGAUCAUCUCUUGUCUGCAUUAUGCAAAAUGCAGUUCCAACUUAACCAGUUAUAACAAAUGUUUCUGAAGCUGGGACUGCUUCUUCAUGCUAUUACAAAUAUUUCAUUCUGAAGACUUAUGUUGCUCAGUGUACUGCAUGUGUUUGGCAGAAGAGGAAACACUUAUAGGAAAAAAGUACUUUUAGCUGUCUUUAAAACAAUUGCUUUGUAUUCUCUGAAGCUUUCAGUGAACUGCAUUGUUAACUUUUGCUCUUCUCCUCACCCCUCUUAGAAAAAAGUUCUGUGCUUUUGGCUAGGCUAGGUUUUCUUUUUCUUAAAAUAUGCAGCAGUAACAGCAGAGUGGAGGAGCUCUUGUGAAAGGAUUUUGAAAAGGGCCAAAGUAAGCUAGCUGCCUUUUGGAAAACAUGAGCCUUGAUCAAAUCUGCCUCUGCAUAAGCAGUUUGCCUUUGGAAACAUCCCAGCCUUUGACAUGCAACUUUUUGCUGUAGCAACCCCCAUGCUUUUUACAUACCAAAUUGUUGGAGUUGUACUUUUUCCAUACAUUGAAGGAGAGGUUGUAUGAUCUGUUGCUCUCAGGAUGAUUAGUCUUGGCUAGGAAAGGACCAUAAUAAUUUCACGCUAAUGGCUCCUGAAGACAUAUUUCUCUUACCAUAAUGUUGAUUCUAUUCUGUUAUUUAGAUUUCAGAAAUUCUAUAAUUUUGAUAAAGCCAGAAGGACAUCAGUGUCCAGUUGACUUUACAAAAAGAUGCUUUGUCUUCUAGAUUCAUGUGAACAAAAAUAAGACACAGAAAAUCAAGCUUUGUUCUUCUCCAUAUCAUCAGUAAGAAGUUAUUUGUGGACACAAAUCAUAAUUUUUGUGUCUUUUAUCUUGACUUUAUGUAUAACUACAUUGAGCUAGGCUAACUUUAACUGCAAGUCCAGAAGGAAGCCACUGAAUUGCCCUGCUGUUAAGCAAAUGGGAACAAUUGCAGCCUGGCAAGGACUUCAAGAUUUCUUGAAGCCAUUUGUCCCCGGUAAAGAGUGAAGAUAGGUAAGAAGCAAUGAGCUUUAAUUUUCCCACUUUGCCUGUCCUCAAGAGCUUUUGAAGGACUUUAAAUAAAUGAAUAGAUGGUCUCCUGCCAUUUCCCAAAAUAAUACAUCUGCUGUUAUAGAAAUGCUUUUAUUUUGGCCAAGGACACAGUUCAACCCCAUAAAGACAUUUUUGAGAAAUCAUUCUACAGAAAUAUCUAGAACAAAAUUUUUGCAUGAGUGGUUAAUGAACUGAACUGCAACAGUUCUUAGUAGGCAGCAAAGAAACCUUAUGAAUAGAAAUAACAGUUUUGGUAUAAGUCUCAUUGUCAAUACUUUCCUUUUCUAUGGGUAAUUUUAAUGAUUUUUGUAUAACUAGAAGUCUGAGCUGUGAUCUUUGCUCUCUAAAGCCAUAUAAUCUUUUUAAACUAUGCAGGUGUCUUAAGUGCUUGACGGACAGUUGCAGGGAAAUUCUCUUGCCCCUUAUCCCCUCUGCUGCUUCUUCCUUUGUGCUCCCCUUCUCUGGUGGAUGAGGAAUUGUCUAGGAAUAGUCUUACUACAUCUGAAACCUGGUGUCAUGCAAGACUAGAAUUUCUACUGUACUACUCCUGUUCUACAGGAGCCAGCUUUCAGCAACUGUUUCAUGUGUGUAAUUUCACAGUUUGUCUUUUCAUUUAGAAUAGGCAUUAUUUAAACUCCUACCUUCCUUAGGCCAAGAGAAUGUUAUGAAUAGUUGUAAGGUUUCUGAAGUAGCAAAAAUUGUGUGUGAAGAUUCAAGUGCAUUUACUCAGCUUGGCUUUAUAAAGUACUUAACAAAAUAUGUAGAUGUCAGUAGACUAGUUCUGUGAUAUUUUGUAUUGUGGUUAUUUCCAUCGCACAUGAAUGCCUAGUUUGCAAAAACAUUGUCAGACAUGAUCCCAAAAUAGAGCUCAGCAUCAUCUUAUUCAUUCCUGGUUUGUAUUCAAUGAAUCUGUGGUUAUACAGCAUUAUGAUGGCAAAUGUGAGGACAAGCUGUUGCAAAUUACUUUUUAUCUUCCUAUUAAUUAAGUACAGCAAAUGUCUCCUCUUCUUUAACAAAACAAAAUCCCCAAAGGCUGUUUCCUCAUUUUAUGAACAAGUAUUAGAAAUAGAGACAUAAUUACUGUAUUUGUGAGACAGUUAUUCACAUUCCUGAAUUAUCCUCAAGAGCGGGGAUAGUUGAAAGAUAUUGACCAACUGGAUUAAAUUCAAGUGCAAAUAAAAACAAUAAAAGAAAGAGAACUGUUUCUUGAGAAACAAGGUCUGACACUUCCGAUUUUUUUAUACGAAUUGCAUUAUUUGUGUUUAGAUUUUUAAAUUUUUUUAUUUUUUAAUUGGACCAUGCUUUGGAAAGUGAUGUAAGAAAGUUUGGUAAAUUUAAUAGAAAACUAUCAGGGAGAGAAUGAUUACAAAAAAUAAUUUAAAUUUCUUCAUAAACCCAGAAUACUAAGAGUAAAAUUUCAGUUCUAAGAAAAUUUUUGAAACUUCAAAAUCUUCCAUAAAUACAGAAAGAAACUUCAAGGCAUAACUUCAAGAAAAUUUUUAUCUUCUCUCCACCUAACUUUUUUAGUCCAUUAAAAAUGCUUCUUUAGUUUUCAAAUGUAUGAUAUGUUUAAAAUGUGUGCGUAGUCAUUUCAGGUAAAAAAAAAUUGUGUUUAAUUCUAAGCAUCUUAAUUGGAAUGUUGGGUAUGGAACCAAAAGACGUUUUCCUUCUAAAUUCAGAUAUUGGUGAUGUGGACUGAUCUAUUGAUUUAUUGAUUUUUAUUUAUGUAUUUAUUUAUUUUUCGUCAUUAUGAGUUUACACUUAAUAUGUCAAAUCAGUGCAGGACUGAAUAGUCUGGCUUCCAAGAGAGUUCUGUCUGUUCUCAUGCAAUGCCACAUGGUGGAGUAUUGCUUUUCCUGUGAGGGUUUUUCACCACACUUGUCAGUUGAAGAGGUCUGGACUUUUGUGAACUGGUGUUUGGUUAAGGGAAGUUGUUUGUAAGCUCAGACAUUUUUGCUUCCAAGCACAACUUUCUGAUACUGCUGUGCUAUCAAAGGUCUCCACUUCUGUACUUCUUGAUGGUUGCUGUC